CUUUGAAAGUGCAGGGAUUCCGAGCUUAGAAUGUUAGUGAAGGCAGAAAGCAGGGACACUGGAACAAUUUAGUGUGCGUGAUCUUUACUCCACAUCUAUAUAGAGGCGACUCUCAUUUGAGAUAAGGACUGUGCUAAGGCAGUGGGUCUGCCACCAACACAGGAACUUUAGUUGUGAAUCUGGAUACUUUUUGUUCAUUGAUCUGGUUACUGGAGAAUUUCCCGAGAUCACCUUCAAAAACAUCGCUGCCCGAUACAUUCCUCUUUACACCCGAUUCAAGCCUACCAGAUGUGUAUCAUCGCGAUCCAUAUAGAGUGAUCCAGGAACGGGGAUUUGUACAAUACAUCACUGGCGGGACAGCAAGCUGCGGGUAACUAUACCAUUCAUGGAUUGUAUGUGCUAAUGUCACCGAAACUAACACUUGCUACAAAGGUUGUAUGGCUGAGUGCUUUCUCCUGCAUGUUAUGCAAUGGGUUCGGGGUCACCAGGCUCACAUACAGGAAAUCAUACAUUGAUAUUCUGACCAGGAUACUGUAGAGGGGUUAUUCACUAAACUGUGAAUCGAACAUUGAGUUGUUCAUUUUUCCAAGUGCAUGAAUUAUAUAGUCUAUAACCUGCUAUAACGGAUUCAAUUGACUGUUUAGUGAAUACACUUUUCCUUUAUUUUAGAUUAUUGCCCAAAUCUCAUUAUAUUGUCAUUGCGACUUAAUAAUAAAAUGAUUCUAUCUAUCUAUCUAUCUAUCUAUGUUUAUGUCUUGUGUAUUUUGUUUAUAGUUAGAUGAAUUGUGCAGCUAUAUGUACACAAUAUGAAAAUAUGGAUGUGUGUGUGUGUGUGUGUGUGUGUACACACAUGCAUGUAUGAAAAAAGGAAGACAAUCAGUUGACACAAUGUAUGACUGGACAUAUAUUAUAUUACACAGCAACAUUAAUUGUGCAAUGACAUAGUAGUAUAAUAAUUUAUUCUAUAAUCCUAUGUAUACUGAAUAAUGUCCUGCAUAGAUCCUGGUUGAGAAAUGACAGCUGCUAGAUGUAAUAAUGUAUAUAAAUAGAACUGAGUUCCAGGGUUGAUCAUUGUAAUGACAUCAGUUCUAACGAGUAUUUAAAAUCCAAAUACACAUACUUCCUAAAUAUGACUCAAUGACCACAAUGGUUAUGAAAAUUAUCAGCACAGUAUGUUUUAUUAGCAACUAUUAGGUGAUGCAGUAAAUGGAAAAUAACAGUAUCAUAAUAACAGUGUGCUUUAAUUUAUUGAGAUGAAACUGAACUCUGUGUUCCAGAUGAAAUGUUGUUUUGAAAUGUGAUCUUUUUUUGGCUGUGUUUACUACUAUUAGGGCAGUGUCAGUAUGGAGUCCUUGUGUUUAUUCUAUCUUUGGAUAGAGCAUCAUGAGUGCAGACAUCAUGGGAACAAGCAAUGACCUAGGAAUUUAGACUCUGGGAAACAGAGAGGCAUUGCCAGCGACAUUCAGAAUAGCAAUUGGCAUCCUCUUUGUGCAUAAUACAUCAAAAUUGGCUUCUAAAAAAAAAAAACCACGCUUUUUUUUUCACUUUGGACCAAAAUUAAUUAAUAUGAGAAACAGCCGAUUAUCUGACAUUAACUGACAGUGAUAAGUAGGGAGGCUUUGAACGAAUGAAAACGUCUAAGCUAAUAUAAAGAAACUCAUUUUCAAUAUGAUGAAUUGCUGCAUCAUAAAUGUGCCCAUAAUAUUUAUAUUUAAACUGUUUGGAUUAAUGCUAACGCUAUGACUGUAAGGAAUGUGGAAGAUGGACACAUGACACAGAGUAAUUAAAUCUGUCAUAUCCUUGCCCAGUGUUUUGGAAAUUGAGCUUUAAUGGUGUUCAUUAAGUAGUGUUUCUAGUUUCAUCUAACUAUGCUUGAAUGAAUCAAAACAUAAUUUUCUUUCAUAGAGCAACCUUGACGUGUAUGUAGCUCAUCUCAAUAUAUGCUAUGGUACCCUAACAGGCUUAUGUACUGUGUGGCAUGCUCAGUUGAUAUGUGUGCAUUGCUGCACAGACAGGCAUGCUGAGCAGGUUUUGUUGUGAUUGUUGGUUUAUUUUUAAAUGUGUUGGUCAUUGGAAGAACAGUUUUUGUGCAAAACACCAGAACCCAGUAUGUUUGAGCAGUGAAGCGAAUCAUGGUUUACUUACUGAUCCCAGGACACAUUGGUUUUAGGUUGACUGCUCCUUUAAUAAUGUAUAGCUUUGCAUAAUGUAUGUGAAAUACAGUGAUGUGGAAUGAUGCCAUUUUGCAACUAAAAAGUCAGUCUUGGCACUUUCCUAUGAAAUCCUGUCACUGCGUUCCAUUUUUUCACUAAAAAUGAUGGCAGGCGGUUCUAUGACCAGAAUGCAAUGGUGAACUUUAACGGACAAGUGCCAAAGUGUUUUAUAAAAGCAGCAUGUUUUUUUUUCAAAGCACACAGUUAUAAAUAUUUAUGUAGUCAUCUCUUAUAGCGCAGUUAUAAAUGAUUAUUACAAAAGGGCCAGGCUGACUCAAGAUCUCAAAAUUUUGAUGAAAAGCAUCCCCAUAGGUAUUUUCUGAGACUACACUGCAUUUUCUCAUGGUCCUCAUAUAGUUACUCCUGGGUGGAUAUUGUCACUUAUUUUUAUUGCAUUUCUAUCAAGUGAAACGGGAAGCGCAUUGAGAGUCUGUAUUGUGAUUGCGCAAUUAGCAUCCAUUCAUUAGUGUGGAUUCACAAAACCUGUUCAUGUGCUAGUUGCCUCUACAUCCUGCUGAAAGUGAGGCUCAAGGAUUGUCACGAGUGCAUGGAUCACAGAUCAUGUAACCAACUAUAGAGAUAAUGCUUUAUUAGAUACAUGAUUGUGGUUUGAUAACUGGCGAACUGUUUGAGAGUAAAUUGGUUGUAGCUAAAUUUUACUGUAGAGUUGAGGUCCCCUUAAAGUUGCAUUAAUGUUUACCUGAGUCGCAAUUACGGUAAUGAGUAGUACAAUAUUAGAAAAAUAAUCGGCAAAUAAUGUUCCAAAAACAAAAUAUAGUGGUGGUGUUAUGGAAUGUUAUAUGUGUUACAUAUGUUUUCAAUAACACAAUCUUUACAGAUAAAAAAAAAUCCUAUUCGACUUGCCCUGUCCAUAAGUUCAGUUCAUGCCAAACAUUCCAGGCUAAAUUCCUCAGCAGAAGAUCUCCUUGGUAAGUAAAUCCCUUAGCGUGUAAGAAUUCAUGGUGGACCUUCCUUUAGCAGUGGUUCCCAAACCCGUCUUCUCACCCCCUACCAAUCCAGAAAUUAGGAAUUACCCAGGUGUUACCCAGGUGUUUUAGAAAAAUAAAAUACAUUAGACACAACUUGGUAAUCCCUAAAUUCUUAACUGGUGUUGGUGGGGCGAGGACUGGUUUGGGAACUGCAACGGUAUUUGAUGUAUUAUGCUGGAGAGAUUAGAUCAGUGGUUCUUAAAGCACAAUUGUAAUAAUCCUUCCAUCCUAAAAUAGUUAUUUUUUUUAAAAUGAACUAUAUGUCACUGGUAAAACCCAUCCCUACCUUUAAUUUAUAUCAGGAUCAUUUAGCCAUAUACAUGCACCUUGAGUCAGACAGUGUUUGAAAACCGACAGUUAUUCUCUCUGAUCUUUCUAGGCAUCCAGGCCAUUUCAUGUCAUUGAAGUGUUUGGGUGCAGUGUUGCUGUACCCUUAACCCUGCAUUGGAAAACAUUGCAGACUGCCUCUAGUGGCUGUAUACUAUACAUGCUUUGCGUGUUCAAAAACCCCACAGGAAAGUAUCAAGACAUCUCACGUUGGUGAAGGAGGAGCCCGAUCCAGCACUGAGGGACAUCGGUGGGGGGGCCACAAGGGAGAGGUUGCAGCUUUGUACUCCUAAUAAUGUGGUGUUCUAGUAAUGGAACUCUUAGCUCAGUGACACAUUUUUUUAUUUUAAUAUAAUAUCUAUUAAAUUAAAUCCUGUAAAACACCUUCAUUACCAUGUAUGAAAAUGGUCUUGACUGCGCUAGAAUUGAUAAAUGGUGGGGACCUUCUGUAUUAGCACGGAGACCCAGAGGUUAAGAACUGAUGCACUGUCUAGAUAAUUUAUAUACUUAUUUAAUAUCUAAUGGUAAGACAAAUUCAUGUAUUUUUAAAAAAAAAAUUAUCAUGUUUCAGUCAACUAAGUUUCCACACUAGUGUGUCUUUUAAGAUGAAACCUCUAUUGAUGGUGUCCAGCUCUGUAAUUCUGAUUUAAAUGCAGUAAAAAGAGUAUUUUUUAAUUAAGGAAAUAUAAUGAAAGGUAUAACCCUCAAUAAUAGAACCUGUAUUUUUGUUCAAUUAUAGCGUGGAGAACAGGUGCAUCCAUCAGGAAAUUGUGGUUUUGUGGUUCUUUGGCAACAAAUAAACCUCUCUUUAGAACGUGAAAAGCACAUGCUAUAAUUGAGGUUUCAGUAAUUAUUGUUUUUGUUUGUUUGUUUUUGUCUGUUGAAUGAAACUGGCUGGUGAAAUGUGGCUGUUGCCCUCACAUUGUAUUCCCAGAGGAUGUGGUCUGAGAGCUGUUCAUGUGUCUCAAAAAUGAGUAAAACCUAGGUCAGGUUUAACAACAGAUAUUGCUGGAAAAACUAUUCUUAGACACAUGGCAAAUGAAAGUAAUCCAAUGCAAACAUAAUCAGAACUAAAUCCAAUAAGCUGCCGAUGGGUUAGUGCUGAAUGAAUCUCUUUAGAUAGACGUAGGUUCAGACAGGUUGGCCAGGAUAUGUCCUGUGCUAGUUUUGAAGACCAUCAAAUGUAAAAAAAAUAAAUAAAAAAAAUGCAAAUUUUGUAAUGUACUGUCUAUUGUAAUACAAAAAUUCAUUGAUUCAAUUCAUCUGUAUGAGGAGAUGCUGAUUGGCCAGGGCUGUGUUUGAAGCAUGCUGGCUCUGCCCCUGAUCUGCCUCUUUGUCAGUCUCAGCCAAUCCUAUGGGGAAGCAUUGUGAUUGGAUCGGGCUACCACUUCUGAUGAUGUCAGCAGACAGCUUUUUUUUGCUGAGGCAAACAGCAUGUAGAUCUACAGCUUGAAUACAGUAAGAUGUUGCUAUAUUUAUGGAGGCAUGAGGGGCCCAGGGGGGCUAGAUGGUGGUUUUAACACUAUAGGGUCAGGAAUACUUGUUUGUGUUCCUGACCCUAUAUUGAUCCUUUAAAUUGAGGUGUGCACUGUGCUUGUGUUAUUUAUGGGUGCUGCAGUUGCUUUGUAGCAUUGCGUAUGUGGGCUGCUAUAUUGCAUAUGUUAGCGAGUAGUUUGUUGUAUUGUGUAUAACACCUAUGAAUGUGGGCUGUGUACGGGGGCUGCUUGUGGAAUUGUGUGUGUGGAUGAUAUGUCACAUAGUGUGUUUGGUGGUGUGUGUAUGUUUGGGUCUGCUUAUGGUAUUGCAUGGUAUUAUCUGAUCAUUUCCUCUAAAUGUUGCAAUGCGUAAAUUAAAGAUUGUUCUGGUAGGCCUGAGCCUGUUUGGCUCUAGCAGGCUUGAGUGGCGUCCAUGCAUUGCACACGUGCCGUUGGUUGCUGACCCCUGAUAUAGACAUAUGUGUGUAUACAUGUAAAAUCAAAUAUGUAUAAGUUACACCCCAUUCUUUAUUAUUAUUAAAUAGUCAACAAACGAAAUUAGUUUGUAUAUAGAAUAGAUUGUAAAUUAAUUUAGCAGGGUCUAUUAGCUAUAUAUAUCAUUAUGAUGAUGAUGUAUAAGUAGAAUAGUGACCAUAAGUCCUCUCUGUGGAUUCCCAUUCCACCCCAGUGAUGCAAGCCUUAAUUUUUCAGACAGCCAGUGUAAAUCAUUAACUGUUGGUUUAGCUCCAAAUCAUGAUAGCAAGAGAACACAAAGCACUUGAAAAGAGUUGUGUAAAACUGCCAAGGGCAAUAAGAGGUGCCGCCCCUUGCAGACAGUUGGUAUUUUAGGGACCAGCAGUCCCUUGCUGUGCUCUGUUAGUUCAGGAUCUGAAGCUGUUCAGCAAUGCCUGCUGUCAACAGCUGAGAGUCGUUUUUUGUAGUUCACCGGAGAGCAGGGAUUUCUCACUUUUAUGACCCAUCUGCCAGCAUGUGCUUAAUUAAUAAAAAGUGUGAAGAUAAAUUGAACAACUGCCAAAGUACAAAUAUUGGUUGGGUCAAAUUCAAUGUCAAAUAGUUAUUUUAAGAGGUUAUCGUAAUAUAUUAUUGCAUGUCGGUUUUCACAGAUACCUGUUAUGCUAAAUGUGACAUUACAGGGAAUAACAGUACCUAAGAAAAGUAAAGAAAAUGGACAUGCUUCUUUUUCUUGUGGAUUUUCACUUGGUACCACCCAGAUAGAGGCAACAAAUUUUCAAAUGCAGUACAGAAAUAUGGCUGAGAAUGAUGGCAUGUGUAAAGAUUAAAAUGUCCUUUGAGACUCUGUUUCUUUAUCAUUAUGAUGACUAUAGUGCCCAGUGGUGGCAGUCUCAACUCUCAAGUACCACUGCCACAUCCGACUACUCCUGCCGUGGACCUUUGAUGCCCCAAUCAUUAUUUGAGACCAGUUCAUCAUAUUGAUAUAAUAUAUACCUAACUGACCAUGGACUUGCCAUCCACUUGUCUACUUUAAAUACCCCUUAUAUACUCUAUAUCUAUAAUAUUAUUUUUACGAUAGGUGGGAUUCUAGUACAGCAUUUUGUUUCUAUCAUGUGGGUUGAAAUUUGGUUUGUAGCUCACCAUAUCUUGCUGUUAGGCGUGAAGACUCAAUUGUAUUCUUCAUUACUAUACCAUCCCUGAAUUGAUAACAUCUGUGAUAAAUGUUCUCUUGUAGGCAUACUCCAUAUAAACCAUCACAAUUUAUGGUGUUCUGGGUUUACUGAGUCACAUGCCGAUAUUAUUUUAUUUAUAUAGCGCCAUCAGAUUCCUUAGCGCUGUACAAUGGGAUAUCACUGUAUCUACUUCAUGCCAACCGCUAUGGUGUAUUUCAUGUUACAGUGUGUCUUUAUUCCUCAGUAUCAAUAGAUUCACACAGUACAAUGAAUAGUAUCUUCCACUUGCAUCUGGUAAAUCAUCUACCUACGCAAUAGGCCAUCAGUUUAGCUCUAUUAUUUGAGUAAAUUUAGAACAGUGAACAAAGCACAUGGUAUCUAGACCUCAGCCUUGGAAUUUUGAUGUCACAAUCGCCAUCUGGGCUUAACAUGUUUAUUUUUAGUAAAUUAUUUUCUCAGUGUAAUCCUUUUGAAAAGGUUUAUUUUAGGAUAAUUAUCUAUGUCAUGCAAUACAUACUUAAGAAAGGUAUUUUAGUUGUGUGUUUUUUUUUUUUUCUUUUCGAUUUUAAGCUUGUAGGUUUAAAUUUGUAUGUGUAUUCUGUUAAUGUUAGACAAACAUGCAGGUUCACCCAUAAAAUUACAAUGCAGCUUUGAACGAAUGACGAACCUGUUCUCUGCGUGUUAUUUAAAGGCUCCUUUUUUGUAUAGUCUCUAAUCUGUUUGUUUCUAAAAUAUCACAAGUGUGCACAUGCCAUUUUAACAGGUGUGACUGUUUGGAAAUAAAGAAGGCUGUGGUUCUUUCAGUAGCUCUUCAGAAAGGCUUCCUUGUUGGCAAAAUAUGGAAUAACAGGAAAUAAGAGGUCAUUAUGCAUAACACUUAGUAAACCAAUUGUAACAUGUUUAACUUCUUCAUGCCAGGACUGCCAUGAUAGUAUUUUGCCUUAUCCGCCACAGGUUAAAAGAGUAGAUUUUGUUUUUAUUUAUUUAUACAUUUGGGUGUAAUUCUUUAAAGUGGGAAUUGUGGUAAAAUGAAAACUACAUAUUGAAAAUAUGGGCCACAAUAGUCGAUAUUUUACGAAUACAGCUGACAUUAUUCUAGAAUUCUUCCAGUUUGGAUAUUUUGGUCAAAGCUUUGAGGGCUAUUCAAUAAAUAGAUAAUUAACAAAGUAAUUGCAAAUUUAAGGCCAAAAUACCAAAAACUAGAUUCCCCCCCCCAGUUUGGAUACUUUGACGUAAAAUGUUAAUAUACUUUGUCAGUUUCCAGUAACUGUCAGUUUAGUAAAUUACAGUGUUAGCAAAUUAUGGUUUAACUUAAUAUUUCAUUGUUUAGUAAAUUAACCCACAAAGGUUUAAGUGGUAGAUCAUGAUAUUUAAUUCCAUACACCAUAGUUUCUCUGGUGGAAUGUGUAUGAUAACCUGGUUUUAACUGUAAUAACAUAAAACACCCAUAGUUUUAGUAACUUUUCCCAUCUUCAAAAUAGUGAAACAAUUUAAAAAGAAAAUAUGGCAUCUUUAUUAUAAAUCAUAUGUUUGGUUUUUUUCUGCCAUCUUGAGGCUUCAUAUGACAUUUAGAUAUAGCCUAAACCCUAGUAAUGUCAUUACUGUAAAUGGCCAGUUUGUUAUCAUGUAAUUAGAUAUAAUGAUACUAAACAGAAAUGUUGUGUUUUUUAAAUGCAAUUCUUUUAAAUGCACAUAUAUGCAAUUCUUUAUGUAGUUGGUACAGCUAUUUAGAUUUUACCAUUCACCAGAUUUAGGUCAGGCAUAAAUCUCAAUUUGCAUAUUAUUAGCCUCCCUAACUCCAGUUGUGCAUUCUGAUAAGUGUUAAAUUAGGAGCUGUGAAAUCUCGCCUCUAGAAUUCACACACCUGCGAAUAAGCAGUUAAAAUCAUGAGAUAGACAUGAAUAGAGACCUGUCCAGAAGUAAUAUCAUCCUUACUAUAUGUUGCAGAAAAUAGACAGCAAUAGACAAAUUAGAGUAUUGUCAGUUCAAACAUAGUGAAACAUUUUAAUUGCUAACUUGCUAUUAAUUAGUUAUGCUUUUACUUAUAUUUGAAGCUUUAUUAAACGAACACGCACAUUAGUUCUGUCUCUGUUUCCCGAUGACAGUACAAGUACUUGUAUGGUACGUGCAAGACAUGCACACCUGUGAGCAGACCCUUUUUUUUUUUUAGCUAAUGGAAGCUGCACUACUGAUUCUAUUAACUUGCAAGGCAGGUUCGCUACUGCCUUUUCAUAUGUAAGAAACUACCACGGGCUGUGAAAUAUGUGGUCAGCUCUAUCUUUAAAAAAAAAAAAUAGAGGUACAGGAUUGGCUGAGAUGUUUCUGCCACUCUUUGAGCUCACUUCAGAAGCUGCACAUCUUGGGGAUUUGUAGAGCAUGGUGGAAAUAUAUAUAUAUAUAUAUAUAUAUAUAUAUAUAUAUAUAUAUAUAUAUAUAUAUAUAUAUAUAUAUAUAUAUAUAUAUAUAUAUAUAUAUAAUGUCCAGUGAUGCAGAUGUAAAAUAAUAGAUGAAAAUUGUGUCUUGCAAUGCCUUUUAUAUUAAACUAAAAUAAUUUUGGCAUGACAUUUUUUUGGAAGAACCACAAUUUCUCAAGUCUAAAGCAUUUCUGAGCAAAAACAACAUUUAGAACACGAAGUUGAGUUGGGAUCCUGGGGUUUAAGCGACAUGAGGUAGAGAUAACACACAGGUCUGACAGAAAAUAGACACCAUUCUCACAGAGUGUGUAAAUAUUUUAUUCUUAUGUUUUGAGUCUUUUUAUUUCUGUUUUUGCAACUUUUAGUGUAUGACUAUAAAAUUUAAUAAUUGAUUACCCUUUUAGUGUUCCUUUAAAUCCUUAAAAAGCAGCUGGAGAGCUCCAGCUUUAUAUAUCUUUUGUGCCAAGCUUGCUCUCACCGGGUAAGAGGAAAUAUCAGGCAAUUUUAUUAUUUUUUUUCAUUUUUUUUUUUUUCAUUUCUUUUGUUUUAUCAAACCCCAAUUUUUAUUGUCUUGACAUAUAGGUUCCCUUGUCACUUUCAAAGUACUUGACAUGAAAAUUAAUUGUGAAUGCUGUCAAAAAUGAUUAUCAUCCUGUCUAGACAGGAGUAGGUCCGGAAAGGUGUGUAAACAUGUUUCAUCAGCAGAAAAGGAUGAAAUUCACCAAUCUCAGUACACCCAGUUCUCGCUGUGAUUUUCAUAACCUGACAUUUCUCAGAUAUGUCAUAUUCAUUUUUAACUCCUUAAGGACACAUGACAUGUGUGACAUGCCAUGAUUCCCUUUUAUUCCAGAAGUUUGGUCCUUAAGGGGUUAAUGAGGAAUGAUCAGCAAUUGUUCUCUCCAUUAGUAACUUACUGGUACCAUUAUUUCUAUCAAUGUGACAUUUAGCAGAAAAUACAGAUUUUUUUGCUUAUUUGAUUAAAAUGAAGUCAAUUCUAUUUACAUAUACCGAAAGCUGCCUAUACAUUGUGUUGGAUUUUCAGGGACAUUCCAACACAGUCAAAAGAAAUACAUAAACAGAACAGGAACUAUAUUUUCUUAUGUAUGACUAAGGACAGGGGGAAAUUAUUGUAUUGAUUAAUUUGCUGUUGCCCUCACUUGACUUCUCCCAUCAGCCAUCAUUUAUGAGAAAAUUGUGAAUUUAUUAUAUUGUAAUGUGUUUAAUCGCAUACACAGGAGUUUGAAGUUCCAAAGAUGAAAGGGUGGUUUUUUAGUUAACAGAUAAGGAAAACUGUUCUUAUAUCUUGGGCCCAACCCCUCUGGGAUUGUGUGACUGUUUAUUUAGUGGGCUUGUAACAUUAGAAUAUUUGCAUGUUUCACAACAUGAAGGAAAUUAUAUUCUGCCAAUUUAUUACUGACUAAUAUAUGUCAAUGAUGUAGAUUUCUCUUCGUACUUUGCAUAUUUUUUUGUGAAUUACAAUUUGUGACUUAAACAAGGAAGUGUAUAGGAUAUCGUUUGAUUGUGAUAAUGAAAGGGAAUAAACACAUUUUAUAGCAAAUUCGCAAACUUAACGUUUCCACUUAGGCUUGCUGAUGCAAAAAAAUAAAAUAAUGUUGUUUAUAUCCAUUUUGCUAAUUCAUGUAUAUUUAUCUAUGAAAUUAGGUACGUCAUAAACUGGACAAGCUCUGCUUCUAUGCACUAUAUGAACUCUGUGCAUUGUUUGCCAGCCAGAUUAGCCAAGACAUAGUGUGAGGCUGAUAUGCAGAUUAUAGAUUGUUCACAUUAAUAUACCAUGUAGUGCAGAAAUGUAAACUUCCUUUGUGUCUCUUAGACGAAACCAAAUUCACAAAAAAACAAUCAGAGAUCAGUGCCUGCGGAAUGCCCCACAGCUUCCCCUUCUCCAUUUUAUCUUUUCUACCAUUCACACAAAGACAGCAUAUUAUCCAACGGGAAGCACCUGCCAUGCAGUAAAACCAUUAAAGCUUCCAUUAAAAUGCUAAGUCUGAAUUGGUUGCAUUUAAUUCAUCUUCCACAUGUUUAUAAAUGACAAAAAGGAUGUGUUUGUUUUUCAGUUAUGUUUUGUUUUCUUUAGGGGUUAUUGUGGAUUGGAAACGUCUUUGCUGUGCGUCUUGUUUUGACCAAGAAAAUGCAGUCAAAUGCCAAUAAGUGGCACCUAAUGCUAUUAUUGUCCUCUAAGUAAUCUCCUUCAUGCAUAAGCUUAAUGCAAAUUAGUCUAAUUGGCAAACACAGUGUAGGAAUGCACUGCUUCUAGUUUCAUCAGACAUUCCAUUGUGUCUAUUAAUAUGACAUAUUAAAUACUUUACUUCUUAUGCAAUGCCAAUAUAAUUAUUUGUCUGCAUCAGAGUACUAAUUGUCUUUCCACUGUACCAAGCAUGCUAUCAAUGCAAAUGGGAUACUUAAAAUUCCACUGUUUAUUACAUCGUAACCUUCUGGUUUGUACUCAGUGUACUCAUGGCUAGACUCAUAAUCACCAGACAAAGACGGUGUCAUAAGUUGGUUUCUGUGUGCCUCUUGUGUUGUAUAAGUGCUUCAUUCAUACACUGAAAGUACCGAUGCUAAUUCUUUGUUUAGAGUUUUUAAUAUUUUUUUGGUUGUUUCUUUAAUGGCUGUUGAUCGAUGGUCAAGUGGUAUAUGGUGGUAUAACAUUACUGUAUCCUACAAAUGGGUACAGAUGUGGAAAUACGAGUUUUAAACUCAACACCAUGGUGUGUUAUUUCUUUAUUACAACAACCAGUCUGUUUACAGUUCUACAGUUUUUUCCCCCGGAAAGACGCAUUAGAAUGUAAUGAAUUUACACUGUAUCCCUAGGUGGGUAACCACUUGUUUAUUCUAACACUACCAACAAUAUUUACUAAUAAUGCAUUAUUGCAAAUUUCCUGACUUCUAGACCUCUCCUAAACCAUGCUCUGAAUGCCCCAAAAUGCCUGCAGCCCACUGCAAAAUAGCUACUUCACAAAUACAAAAAGGGCUAAAUCGGAGGGAUAAUUAUUCAUGACAUCACACCACCACCUCAUGAUGUCACCUGUUCCAGCUAAUGCUAACUGAAACUGUAAUGCAUGAAUUAGUAUCUUUAUCUCACCUCAUUAUCAAGUAGUUAAAGGUACCCAAAAAUAUUUAUUAUAAAGAUGUUUCAUUCAUCCUUUAUUACACAUCACAUUCACUCCCUGCUUUAAAUAUAAGAGAGAAACAGGCGAGCAACUCAGUAGUUUGCCAUUUGUGGAUUCAUUUUGUUUGGCUUUUGAAGGAUGUACUUGUCAAUGCCACCUCCUCCUCUCCCUCUAAUCAGCCCAAGUCUAUAAUCUUGAUAAGAAUGUCCUAGUUCUUAUUUAUGUUACAUACUUGGCUCUCUAUGUGUGUGUCUGGUAAAAGAAAAACAGUUGGGCCUAUUGUAUCUGUGUACGCAGACUCUAAGCUGUGACACGUGCAUUAUUUCUCUUCUUGGUUUUGCUACAGUGACGGCAGCCUUGCUUACAGCUGAGCAGAUGCUUGAAGCAGAUUUUUACAUUCACUUUGUGUGACCAGGAAAUCUUCUCCUAUUUUAAUUCAAAUAUGCUUUUGGAGCAAAUGAAUAGAGCCAUUAGUUAGGCCUGAAGUCCUAACAACCCCCAAUCUUUGUUUGUGUGUGAUUGACUUUGCUUUCACUUAUUGUGUACUCACUGAGCCUCCCAUGGAGACAAUCUGAAUAGCUCCUUUGUUGAGAUGCACUGCUGGGAGCUAUAUAUGCUUUUUAUUUUGUCCCUAGGAAUCUAGCUGCUUCUAAUGGUCCUACCCCUGAGCUCUCUUGGAGACAAUCUUCACAGAGAGAUUUGCUCUGUAGAUGGAAAGAAGCUGUGCUACUGUGGGCUAGCACAUUACUUGUUGUUCCUAUAUCUGAUGUUUGCACAGACGGGUGGCUCUUAUUGUCCUUACGUCUUAUCUGGGCUUCCUUUAGAUAGUGUGAAAAAAGGCAAAACAUCUGCUUACUUAGAAUUGCAAAAUAGUUAGGCUUCUCCUAGGGUAGCCCACACAAAAAAAGUGUGUAUUUUUAGUUUUGCUCCUAACUGUUUGUCUUUAUACAUUUCCACCCAACAAAAUGUAGGCAAUAUACAACUGUAAUUAUUUAUAUAGUGCCAGCAUAUUCCACAGCGGUGUACAAUAGGUAAACAAGACAAACAUUUAAUUGUAACAAAACUUGAUUGACAUACUGAAACAGUAGAUGAAGAUAGCCCUGUCCCAAUGACCCUACAAUACAUUAAUGUAGUAGAGCACAACUUACUAAACAGCAGAAAUUUCAUAGAGUCGAGUUUUCUGGUUUUUGUGUGUUUUUUUUUUGUUUGUUCAGUUUUUGGGAUUUCAAAUCAUUACAUAAUAUUAGUUGUUUUAUUUGCUUAAGUACAGUAAAACUAAAGUACAUAUACUGUACAUAUAUAUUGUUCAUUUACAAAGAAAGAAAAAUGAUAACAUGUUCAUGAAAUCGCAAAAACUUUAAAAAAAAAACAAUUGUGAUAGUAUUCUGAUGUGAAGCUGAGGCUUCAUAUUAAACAUAUGUAAGUUAAUUCGAAGUAGGUUGUUCAACCCAAAUACAGAGGUUUAGGGCUCAGCACCCUGUCUUGUCUGAGUCUUGUUCUCCCAUAAAAGAUUAUCAACUAAAUGUUAUUGUUUAUUGUAUUGUUUGUGUUUGUUAAGACUUGAAAUUGAGAGAAUUUCCAUCUAGAUUAUAAAUUGUUGGUGACUUUUUAACAUAUUCUCGGUAAUAUGAGGUUUAAAAAUUGUAUGAUUGAGUUUUGAAAGCCAUUGUAACAAAGGGAAUACAUCUAAAUUUUCCACUUAUCUUUUUCCAUUUUGGAACAGGAGAGAAUGCCACAGACACCAACUCUUGUAGCCAUGUUUGACAGCAGCAGUUUUAACCGGAACUUGUAUCAAACUAAAGAAGAAGAGAGCUGUUCUGGGCUGUAUUACCAAGAUAACAACCUGCUCUCUGGAUCUCUGGAAGCACUCAUCCAACACCUUGUGCCCAGCGUUGAUUACUAUCCGGAUGUAAGUUUUAGGAAGCUGAAAAUAAAUCUGUUGUCAAGCAUAUGAUUUCACACAAUAAAUGCUUACAAAGGAAAGAUUUUUUUCAGAACAGGAAACAUACAGAUAGCUUCUCAAUGUUACACUUACAUUGUAGGUAAGGUUGGAAGACAGAUAACAAUAUGUAUGCAAUUAUGUGCUAUUGUUCCAUGAACGGGCAGCAUACUUUAUUAACGAAAAUUACAUAUAUAUAUAUAUAUAUAUAUAUAUAUAUAAUCUAAAAAAAGCACUGUACCUUGCACUCAGACUCCAAUUCCUAGACCGUGUGCAAUCCCAGGGCUCAUAUUCACAUAUUUGCUGUUGAUGGAGACCAUUUUCAAACAGUUUUAGAAACAUAGAAUGUGAUGGCAGAUAAGAGCCAUUCAGCCCAUCUAGUCUGCCCAAUUUUCUAAAUACUUUUAAGUCCCUGGCAUUAUCUUAUAGUUAGGAUAGCCUUAUGCCUAUCCCAGGCAUGCUUAAACUCCUUUUCUGUGUUAAUCUCUACGACUUCAACUGGAAGGCUAUUCCAUGCCUCCACUAUCCUCUCAGUAUUUGCAUUUAUAUAUAGCUUAAUGAAGCUUGAGUGACCUGAAACUUAUUUAUAUUCUAAAUUUUCCAUAAUUCGUUGGAAAUUAGAUUUAAACAACAUACUUUGUACAGCAUUCACCAUAAUUUGUGUAGCCAACGAGGUCCUCACAAACAUCUUAGGUUGGUCUCAUGCCGCUUUGGUCCAUUCCCAUUAAAAAAAAAUAAUCUAAUUUUACACUUAAUGAUAGUUUAUUUCCUUUAUAUUUUUGUUGUUGCAAAAAAAGUAAAUCACAUGGCUGCUGCUCAGUCUAUAAAACUUGCAGUCAUAGUCAAGAGGUUUGAUUGCUUUAUGUCACACAUUAGAACUUAAAGCAAUGUUGUCAGAGCGACUUUGGUCUUCGUUUGAUUGUUGACAAACAUGGGGGUUCCAAAAAGUCAGAAACAGCUGAUCUCUUGGGAUUUCCAUUCACUCUAUUCUGUAGCGUUUUCAUGAAAGCACACAAAAAACUUCGACUGGAUGGUUGUUCUGUGGAUAAAACUCCUUGUUAAAUGAGAGAGGGGAUCAGUGAUUGUAAAUCAGAGUUUCAGCAAUUUCACCUUACUCAUUAGAUUUUGUAUCUUAAUAUGACAAAGGUGUUCAAUAUUGACAGAGUGCCAUAUUUAUCAUGUAGUAUUGAGGGUAAUGGAUUACACGUGGUUACUAAAUUGAAGAGAAUAACAUAUUAAUAAGUUCACUUGUGUGUGAUAAAUGCAAUAUAAUUAUUUUUUCCUUAACUGACCCAUUUUGGCUUUGAUAGAUAUAUAAUAUAUAUUGUUUCAUGGAGAUAAACUCUGUAAAAAUGCAGGAAGCACCUCCAGUGGGUCUCUGGUAGGCAGCCACUAAAGCCAGUCUUCACCCUGCAAUGUAAACAUUACUGUAUCUCUAAAACUGCAAUGUUUUCAGCCUCUGGGUUUAAAGGGUUCAUGACAGUGCACCCAAACCACUUCAAUGAUGUAAAGUUGUCUGGGUGCAUAGAAUUAGCCUUUGUGGAGAAUAAAAUAUAUAGGUUUAUGUAAGAGAAUAUUGUUUCUUUAAUUUAAAAUUGCAUAUUGUUUUCAUAUAUUCACACUCAAAAAUAUAUGUUUUAUCCUCAGAGAACAUACAUCUUCACUUUUUUGCUCAGCUCUCGUCUAUUCAUUCACCCCUUUGAAUUAAUGGCUAAAGUCUGCCAUGUGUGUUUGGAGCAGCAGAGACAAAACGAGCCUGGAACUGACAAGGUAAUUAAGCUCACUAAAUUGUAUAGUAGUUUCAGAAACACAUUAUGUCUUCAGCAGCAUUGUACCUUUCGUUAAACUGGUAGUAAAGAAAGCAUGAGGUAGUAUAGAUCUCAUCUAGCAAACUAAAUGAAAGUGUUAUGAAAUAGACACCCCCAGUGGCUGCAUCCGAUACUGCAGGUGUAAAAUAAUUUACUGUAAUUCAGGGGAUUUUUUCCAUACAAGUCUUUCACUGGGAAGGAUGUUAGUUCCUUUAAAACUUAAUGCAUUUUUAGAACUGAGUAACAUAAGUAAAAAUGUAGCAGUUAGUGUGCUUGUUGAGAUUUGAAAGUCCUAUGUUAUAAUACAAUCAUAGGUGACUUAUUGUUAUCCCCAUUGUUUAAGGAAGUGGUUGACACUGUAUACACACUACAUACAGCAUAUUGAUGCUUAGUAGUUUAUCAUGAAAGCGUGUUAUUAUUUUUACUACAUUUGCGGUCUGUUAUGUUUAAAUUAUAUAUUUUUCAAAACAUGUUUUUUUUGUUUUUUUUUUUAAACAGAGCCAAUUGCGGAAAAUUGCCCCUAAAAUUCUUCAGCUCUUGGCGGAAUGGACAGAGACUUUCCCAUAUGACUUUCGGGAUGAGCGAAUGAUGAGAAAUCUAAAGGACACCGCUCACAGGAUAACCAAUGGUGAUGAGGUUGGUCAACUUUAUUAACAUUGUCAUGUCUCAUGAUGUCCAUGUACAACAAGGACAGCUCAGUGGACAAAACGUCUGUUGGAACCAAGUUCACUUGUGUGUUUUUUACUUAAAGGACCACUAUAGGCACCCACACCACUUCAGCUCAAUGAAGUGGUCUGGGUGCCAGGUCCCCCUAGUUUUAACCCUGCAGCUGUAAACAUAGCAGUUUCAGACAAACUGCUGUUUUUACGUUGAGGGUUAAUCCAGGCCGCUUCCUGAGAUGACGCUGGAUGUCCAUAGGAAGGCAUUGAGUAAUGUUUUCCUAUGGGCGGUUUGUAUGCGCGCGGUUCUUGCCGCGCAUGCGCAUUCUGAGCUGACGUUGGCAAGGGAGGAGAGGUCACCUGGAUUAAGGUGAGUGACUAAAGGGCUUUUAACCCCUUCAGCCCAGCGGGAGGCGGGGACCUAAUAACCCUAUAGUGCCAGGAAAACAGGUUUGUUUUCCUGUCACUAUAGUGCUCCUUUAAUUAUUUUUGUGUGCAGUGCUGCAUCUUACAAAUCACUGCAAUUGCUACAAGUUCUGAGCACGAGUAAUCAUAUGAAUGCUAAGGAAUUUAAAUAGAUUCACAUCAAAUGCCUUUUUGUAUCUUUACACAGAAUGUUUUAAAAAAAUAAAAACCAAAUUGCUAAUCGCUAACCUUGUUAGCUAGACACAGAAAUACCCUAUAAUCACAUGGAACAUUUCCACUUUAAUUAUAUGACUAAACAGAGCAACAUUGCUUGUGCUCAUACUUGUGACUUUGAGAAAGUAAAAGCCAUACUGUAACUGUAUAUCACUUGACAGACCAGAAUGCAUUUUAUAAUGUCACAUUCAACAGCUAGCUUCUAAGAGUUCACAAAGAACUCCAUAACCUCAUAUUGUGAGACUGCCCUGAACAAUCACAUGGACAUGACUACUCCAUCCCAUCCACUCAUUGUGUGAUAGGAAAACAGAACCUUGAGUUUCCUCUUUUCAUCUGACCUGGACAGCAGUAAAAAGUUCCAUAAAGCUUUGCCUUGUUCUAGAAGUCCUGAGAAACUCAUCUAAGGUAUGAGUAAUAUUCUCCUUGCUCACUGGGCUUUAUUUUCUAAUAUCUUAUUGUUUUGUAAACACGAGCAAUUUAUUUAACACCCUCUCAUUUUCGGACUUGUAAUAAACUGAAACACAAUCCCAUCUGUCGUUCAGCAUGACCUCUUUCUCUGUUUGCUGCUGAUGGACAGAUCUGGCGUAAGUUGCUGUUGAAUACUAGUAUUUAAGGUUCUUCAGUUAGCAUAGUCUGAUCCCAUGGGUCUUCCCCAAUUUCCCAAAUCCCCCCUCUCACUACAUGUCUCCUUGCAUUCCCCCCCCCCACACACACACACCUUCUAGUACAGUUUAUCUUUACUAAAAGAAUGUACGUACGUUUGCAUGCUUUAUUGUACUACACCUAAACAUACAAAUGUAAUAUAUUGAAUUCCUUGUUAUGGCUGGCAAUUUACCUUUCCUUUGACGUAAUGCUGUAUCAGUACUUUUGUGUUUUUAUAACUACUUAACAAUGUUUUUCUUGAAUAAAAUUUAAACAUUGAAAAAAAACGUUUGCUCUGGCAAAUUCCUCUAUACUACAGUAAAUGUCUACAUUAGAAUCUCUAGAUUUUAUCAAGAAAAAACUAGGCAGUAAGCGCACUGUGAGCUUUUGAAUAGUUCGUAGCACUCAGAUCUCAAGUCGUGGGCAUUGUAUUUCAAAGACUGCAGAAUAACUUUUCGGUGAUUCAUGUUGGCUGCAGCUGUAAGGAUGUUUUAUUAAGAUCAGCUAGACAGAUUAGCUUCAGAAAGUGGCAUUCGUGCUGGUGAGGUUUAAGAAAUGGAGACUUGUCACAGUAAGUAACAGUAACUGUGAGAUAGACUUGAAUGGACAGCUGCCAAAGGUCCCCUACAUUGAAGGUGGGCUUGGGAAAGUGAAAAUGCUUUGCACGUAGCAAGCAAACUAAAAAAUAGCAGGAGACCACAAAUUCUACCGCAAACAAAGAAAGAAAGAAAUUUAUAUUACAGUUGAUCCACUGCUAUAUAUAUAUAUAUAUAUAUAUAUAUAUAUAUAUAUAUAUAUAUAUAUAUAUAUAUGCUCCAACCUCUGGCACUCACCAUCAAUGAAAAAAAUAAAUAGUACAUGGGUGCUUCCAGCGCAAAAAUAGAAAGAAUAAUAAACGGAGCACUACUGAGGAAAUUUUUCAAUCGUGUAUUAAGGAUUAUUCUCUUAAUACACGAUUGAAAAAUUUCCUCAGGAGUGCUCCGUUUAUUAUUCUUUAUUUAUAUAUAUAUAUAUAUAUAUAUAUCUCUCUCUCUCCUGGGGCUGAAAAUAUUUUGCAUGUAUUGAUUACAUCUUGAUGUUCCAUUAUGUCUAUUGCUGUUGUUUUUAUGGAAUUUGUUUUAGUUUUUUAAUAUAAAAUCGGUUAUAUAUGUUUUAAAUACAGAUGUACCGGAAAAAUGUGCAACAAAUAAUCCAGAAUCUUAUUCGCAAAUUGGCAGCACUGAGUCAGUAUGAGGAACUCAUUGCAAAAAUCAAUGCUCAGUCCACUGAUCGCAUGACCGUCCUGAAGACCAAGCCACAGUCCAUACAAAGGGACAUCAUUACGAUAUGCAGUGAUCCCUACACAUUAGCCCAGCAGCUCACCCACAUAGAGCUGGUAUGUGCUUCUUGAUUUAAAAUGAUAGUUGGUGGGAGGUGUGGGCAAUCAUUCCAGUAUUGACACCUUAUCAAUACAUUUGUUUUCAGGAGAGACUAAGUUACAUUGGACCAGAAGAGUUUGUUCAAGCUUUUGUUCAAAAGGAUCCAUUGGACAAUGAUCAGGUAAUACAGAGCUUUUUUUACGGAGUGGAUUGUAAUCUUUUUCGGACAGGGCCCUACAGUGUUAGGAAUACAUCUUUAUAGUCCUAACACUAAAGUGAUCUUUUAACUGGUAAUCAACUUAUUUUAUCAAACUACUUCCCCAAAAAAUUUUUUGAAGAAAAAUGAAAAGCACUGAAAGGCUCCUUGCACUAUAAUCACUAAAUUAUUCAUAGUAGUUAUGGUAUGUUGAGUUUCCCUUAACGCCCAUUCUUAAAAUGUGGGCUUUCCACCAUUAAGAGUAUUAAGGAAACCAAAUAAUGUUUUUAAAAAUGUAAAAGGUGCAGUUGCACGAUUAAUAUUCUAUAAUCCAUUGGUUGUAUAGUGAUGUUUGAAAAUGCCUAAAUUAAAACAUAUCAUUGCUUUAUGGUUAAAUCCAUUUUUUAUGAUACAGAAUCAGACUAUUCAAAAAUGUAUAUCGCAAAUGGUAUAAAAGGAAAGAUUUUCCAAAUUAUUGACAGUAUUUUGUUUCUUUUGUUAGAGUUGUUAUGGUGACAGAAAGAAGACGCGAAACUUGGAAGCCUACGUGGAAUGGUUCAACCGUCUUAGUUACUUGGUAGCCACAGAAAUCUGCAUGGUGAGGCUCUUACCUAGAGUACUGAUAUCAAGGCAUAUUUCAGUGCUAGGGCAUAUUUCACACCUCUUUAUUUUGUUUAUAUUUUAUGCAGCCUGUGAAGAAGAAACACAGAGCUCGGAUGAUAGAGUUCUUCAUUGACGUAGCACGAGAAUGCUUCAAUAUUGGAAAUUUUAACUCUCUAAUGGCGAUUAUCUGUAAGUGUCCACCACGGUCAUCAGUCAUAUAUAUAACAUAUUGAUUUUAUAUAUAUAUCACAAAAUAACACAUCAUUUUGUAUGCAUUUCCUUUGCAUUGUAUGAAUAAAUGUAAAAUGUGUAGAAUGAACUUAAUAUGCUACAGCCACUUCCAUCACUCCUGUUAUUGUUUUAAGCCCAGCAAUGUCUGCAUGGCGGCCAUUUUUCUAGUCUUGGUUAGCCAUAUAUUUAAUUUGGUUUUGCAGAGGAUUAUUAAUGUGCAACUGCACAUUAAUGGAGGUUGUACUUCAAGUAAUAGUACAUCUUCAUUACAUAAUUAUUGAGUUAAAAGAAACGUCCCAGGAUUUUUAAUGUUAUGUUAACUUAUUUAGCAAAUAUGUACUUGAGAGGUGUGAAAAAAUAAAUAAAAUACACACUGUUGUAUUUAGCGCUGAAACUCGGUCAUUAAAAAUUGCUUUUCCAUCUGUCAGUCAGCAAAGACACAAUGCAGAGAUAAGAUUAAACAGAAACAAUGAGUAAAGAAAAAUUAUGCAAAGUACUAAACAAGAGGCAGUCAGCAUGUAAACCAGUGGAGGAAACUGGCACAUUUCACGUACCUACAUUGGUUUAAAUAUAUAGGCUAACUGACACUUGGAUAAAUAAUUCUAACUCUGUGGAUCUGUGCUAUAGUUCACUUAUAUGAUGUUACGUAUUAAUAAGUGGAACAAAUAAGACAAGAGUAUUAUAUUUCCAAGAUCUUAGUAAAUCCACUGUUCAUUCAUCCAGCCUAUUUUGCAGACAGCCUGCUUUAUUUGACACGGUACAUUUUAAAGAGCAUGACUGAACACCGACAACCUUGACAUCAGCUAUAAGAAAUAUGACCAUAGCUCCCAUGAAGUCAACACAUGCCUUAAUUAAUACUAUUUAAUACCUGACUAUGUAAGAUAAUCAGAAUUCUAGCCCAUGUACGGCUGUAAGGACUAGUCUGUCUCCAGCUCUGUAAAAUCUCGCCAGUGCACAGGUUUGAUAGUAUUCUAGCAGAUAUAUUGUAUUUGCCAUGGAAAGGUCAACAAUAGUUGGCUCAAUAGUCAUGUUGGCAGCACUGCUCUGUUUAUCCCAGUUCAAAAUGAAUUGCCACUUGAAAAGGCUAUAUUUAGUAUCAAAGCAAACUGCUCGGAACGUGACACAUAGUAGCAGGCUGUUAGCAAAAAUCAUGUUAAUGUCACACAUCACUAUGUUUGCAGAAUAUAAAUGGGAGCUUUUCUGCAACAACAAGUGUGUGGUUGCAGUUGUUUAGCUGAUACAUGUACAGAGUAAAUCCACUUGACGUUGUUUGGCUGGCAAAAUAGGUAAAAGAAAAGUGUCAGUUUACAGGAAAGAUGGGAAGAGAAUAAAAUACAUAUACACAGCACAGAAACGAUCUAUUUAUAAUAUCUGAAUUAAAUAUGAAAACUAAAUAUAAUUUAUGCCUAACAAGUGUAUAGUUGUCUAUUUAUACGGGGUUCAACUCAGUCGUGUAUUUAUAAUGUAUUUUGUGUUUGUUUAAAGCUGGCAUGAAUAUGAGCCCUGUAUCCCGUCUAAAGAAAACGUGGGCUAAAGUCAAGACAGCCAAGUUUGAUAUUCUUGAGGUACGUGAAGCUUUAUUUAAAAUACAACAGUCUGCAUAAAUAUUACAACAUAUUCAGAUGUGUAGGUAGACACACUGUAAAAGUGCUCACUGCUCACUUUUAGCUGACUUGUAUACUUGUAUACAAUACAAUACAAUACUGUAGGCAGAAUGGCUGGCAUAGAUGACAGCAUAUGACAACUGUAACUGAUCGAAACUAAUUUGAAUCAUUAAUAUUAAUAUUUCAAGUUUAAAAUGUGUGUUUGGGGAGUUUGGGCUGUUUUGCCCUGAAACGAUGCAGAAUGUGCCCUCUGGACUGAAAGUUGCCACUGUAUAUCAAGGCCAAUAAUGUAGUUUCUUGCAUAGCGAUUUUCCCUUUUAAAUUCUGCUGCGGGUUAAAAUGUAAGUGAAAAAUUGGAUACUGUGUGCCCUAAGAACAGAUUUCCACACAACAUGCCUUUAAUGUUGGCACUUCUUCUGUUAUUGAUCAGAUUAUUAUCUAAAGGUGAUGGUUGUUUUUCUAUUCUCCCAACAGCAUCAGAUGGAUCCUUCCAGCAAUUUUUACAACUAUAGAACAGCUCUGAGAGGGGCAGCCCAGAGGUCACUAACGGCUCACAGCAACAGAGAAAAGGUAUGGUUUCUAAUCAGCUUAGCAAACAGACAGUGAUAAAAUGUGCAGGUGGCCCCUUGCUACACUCUUGUUUGUUUGGGUUUUUUUUCUUUUGCUUUCAGCAUAUGGCAACCUGAUUUUUUUUUUUUUUUUUCCAUGUGGGAAAUGAGGUACAAAAAGGUGAUUGCAGAAGUUAACAUAUGUUACUUUGUUAUCAGCAGGUUACACAGCAUUAUCAAACGGUAUAUUUGCCUUAUUUCCCUGCAACCAAUGUGUGUGGAACUGUGUAAUAUAGUAAUUUUUUCACAGACAUCAUGGAUGCAGGAAAAUUGAUCAUCAGCAAUUUCAUACAAACGCUAACUGGAAGAAUGUGAAUUUGUGUUUGUCUGUAUGAUUACAUAUCUUUGUCUACAUCAGGGAUGCCCAAAAGGUAUAUGUUUUAAAACAUAGCUUCAAUUACAGCUUCAAUGAUGCUUUGACAUUCUAGAGAAAUGUAAAGCAUUAGGGGAGUUGUAGUUCUACAACAUUUGGUGAUCUACCUUCUGGGCACCCUGACCUACAUGAUUAUUUAAUUUUAGAUUUAGAUUCCGGAGUUCACAUGUGUUUUUUAACACCCUGGCAGAAUAGUUAUAUGUGUGAUAGAAAUAUUUAGAGCUGUUCUAACAAAUGGGCUACAUUUGUAAGCAGAUGCAAUCUGUAGGAUACUUUGCAAGGUUUGUGGCUUGUGACUGUCACAAGCUACACUAUUAUCAGCAUGGAGCAUCAUCCAUACAGUUAAAGCUAAGAAUGUUUUUUAUUUUUUUUAAUUUUUUUUUUCAUCUACAGUUUAAUCCACGUGUUAUUCAAAUUUUGUAAUGAACCAUGUUCGUUACGCUACAUUGAUUUUACAGCAUAUGACUUGGAAUUUCAAAUAGAGAAAAGUGUAAUUAGAACCUUCGGUUUUGGUAUAUUUAUCAUCAACAUUAUGCAAACAUUUAAUUAUUUGCAGUUCUGGCUUUUGUAAUGUGUUUACUUACGGUAAAAUAUUGAAAUUGGCUGUUUCUUUUAACACAGACGCUCUCUGACAAUUUGUUCAUAUUUGCAUUAUUUAUUUAUUUAUCAAAUAUUUUACCAGGAAAGAUACAUUGAGAUUUCUCUCGUUUUCAAGUAUGUCCUGGGUCCACAAAUCAUUGCAUUGUUACAUUAGGGUACAAUAAAAUACAAAAAACAAUAUUAAUACACAAUAAAUACAAAAUUUAACCUAGAACAGGUAGGAAAUAUAUAAACAACCAUGACAGGUGCAUUCUGUUUUGAGGUAUGUAGAGAGAGAUCUCUUAAAGGACUUUAGGCUUAGGGAAGACUUUAAAUUGUGCGGGAGGUCGUUCCACAAUUGCGGCGCUCUGCAGGAGAAGGAGGAUCGGGCUGCUUUCAUUUUGUAUUGAGGUAAAGUGUUGGUACUGGAUCGGAGGUUAUAGAAAGUGGGAACAGCUGAGGAAAGCAUUUUGUUCAGGUAGGGUGGGACUUUCCCAGAAAAGCUCUUAAACACAAGGCUGGAAAGAUGAAGGGUACGUCUGGAUUCCAGCAACAGCCAGUUUAGUUCUUUUAGCAUGUCACAAUGGUGAGUCCUGUAAUUACAUUGUAGCACAAAUCGGCAGAACGAGUUAUACAAUGUGUUGAGUUUAUUAAUGUGGGAUUGCGAUGCAGAUGCAUUUACUACAUCCCCAUAAUCAAUGAUUGGCAUCAGCAUUUGCUGUACAAUCUUUUCCUUCACUGUAGGGCAUAGGCAGGAUUUGUUUCUGUACAGGGCACCUAGGUUUGGAUAAAGUUUAGAUGCAAGCAUUUCUAUGUGCAGGCCAAAAGAUAGAUUGGGGUCUAAUAUCAUACCCAAGUAUUUGAAAGAGUGGACUGCGGUCAAUGUGCCAUUUGAAUUUGUUUUGAUGGAUAGGUGGGUUUGUUUUUUGCGAUCCAUUUUUCUACGAUCCAUUUUUCUACCUCUGUAAACUGGUCUUGGAGCACAGCCUCAAGCUGCGGUAGAUUGGAUUUGCUCGCAUAGAUAACCGUGUCAUCUGCGUACAUGUGGACAUUUGAGGAUUUGCAGACAUUAGGCAGAUCAUUUAUAAAUAAUGUAAAUAGUAGGGGGCCGAGAAUGGAACCUUGGGGAAGACCACAUGUGACUGGGAGAGGGAGGGAUAUGGACACAUAUUGCGAGUGAUCCGAUACAUACGAUCGAAACCAGGUUAGCGAAUGAUCACCAAUACCUGAGUUUUUGAGUUUGUGCAGUAGAAUGUCGUGGUCUACUGUGUCAAAGGCCUUAGCAAAAUCAAGGAAAAUAGCCCCAGUUAGGUCUCCUUGUUCCAUGCCAGUUUGGAUGUCAUUGCAAACUUUUAAGAGGGCAGCUGUAGUGGAGUGAUUCUGGCGAAAGCCCGAUUGAUCAGGGGUCAGAUAGUUUGCAUGAAUUCCUGUAAUCCAUUUGCAAGAGCAUGGUUUAGAGAGGAUUUGAUAUUUGUGUUUAAAGGAAAACUCCAGGCACCUAGACCACUUUACUCAAUGUCAAAAUAUCUUACCUUAAUAAGCAGGAUAGAAAUUUAAAAAAAUAAAAGAAGCUCCUAUGUUUAUUAAAAGAACCUGGGGCUCACUUGUGGUCAUGACAGCUGUAGACUGUAGUCGUAGCUUCUGAGGUAAAACCUGCAGUGCAGGUCCUUCUCCUGAGGUAAAUCCUGCAGUGUAGGCCCUUCUCCUGAGAUAAACCCUACAGUACAGGCCCUUCUCCCGAGAUAAACUCUGCAGUGCAGGCCCUUGGUCAAUGAGCAGUUAGAAAACUGGUAGAUUAGAUACAUAGGGUUAGGGGGGAUGCGAAAGAGCACUCAUGACAUCAUAAAUGCUACAGUGGGCUGUAGUGGCUAUGGUACUUGGAGUGCUAUUUUAAACUUUUCUUUUUGGGGGAUUUAUUCAAUAAAUUGUGAAUUGUGGAACAUUGACAUGGGAUAUGCAAUUGACAUGGAACACUGACAUGCACAUUCUGGUUGCACCACGAGCAGACGUGACUUAAGCAGCUAAGAACUGUGUUCCAAUGUCAGUUCUGUGCAUAAAAUUAAUCUGUCAUCAACUCCUGCAAGGGGAAGCUAGCUUUCCCUUCACUCCCUGUAGGCACUCCCUCCGAUCUAAAUCCUUCCUCCUCUCCACUCCCUCCCAUCACUGGCCCAGAGUGCACACAUGCGCUGUCAGCCAGCAAAUUGGUCCAAUCACAAGCUUCUUUAUGAGAAUCCUGUAAUUGGACCAUGCGAGACCCCUGUGAUGUCAGAGGGGACAAAUAAGCCAGCUCCGGUAGCUUUGAAUGGCACUGGUCUCCAGAUAAGUAAACUUUAAAAAGCUUGAUUUUUACUUUAAUGUUUGAUUGUUCAAUUACACAAUUUCCAGUUUAGUGAAUGAACUCCUUUAUCUUCUGCUGAUUGUGGGGUUUAUUUUCUAAAGACAUACCGGUAAUUAAAGUUAAUUGAAAACUUUAUAACUGAGGCCAUAAUAUCUGAUUUGGAAACAUACUUGCUGCCAAUUCACAGCUUAGCUUUUAGUCUAAACAUUGUAAUUCUGGUGUUACUACACUACGUAUCAAUAUUUAGCAAGUAAGCCCCUGUGUGUUUUGCAGAUUUUCUCUUACCUGAAACAUAAAAUGUUUCCUGUCCAACCCAGCAACACUUAAAUUAUCAUUUCCAUUUCUUGCUGACAAACACCAUUUCCACAGCAAUAAAUCUGUGUUGUUUUUAACAAGCUGUUACAUUACCUGUUUUUGAAUUAACUAGCAAGUCAAGCUUACUGUUCGUUCUUAAGUGCAGCUCCUUUUAAUUUAUAAAUAAAACAUUCUCUUUUGAAGUCAGUGAAGUUUAUGGCAAAGUAAAAAAAAAAAAAAAAAGAUAUACUGUUGCAUCAAUUUUUGUGUUCUGGAAAGCAGCCAGGAUGGCUUGUUGCCCUGAAUGCAUUUAGCAGAUUUGAUCAAUAUUUUAUCACAUUCAUAGAAUGCUGCUUCUAGCUGCCAUAUUUGAUGCACCAUAUGCCAAGAGUACAUGAACGUGUCUACUUGUGCUAUAAGCAUUAUAUCAUAAAUACUCUCUCUAUUUAAUAUCUUCACAGGCCAUGUAAUACACAUACUAUAUAAUGAACAGAUUCACACAAGCACUUAUUACACUCAAAGUUGUGGGCAAUUUAUAUUGUGACUGAAACAGAGGCUAUGCUUCUUAUUAUUACUUUUUCGAUAAGUAAUUAUUCCUCUGCAAUUUAACUGUGGGGUAUAAUAAAUACAUUCGGUAAGCAAUACAAAAGAUGCGUUAAGUUUGAGGAACUGGAUUAAAAGUGGUAUGAUUGCUGUGUUUAUAACUAUUUAUUUAAAAACAUAUAUGGACACAUUUAGGAAACAGAUUCAUAGCAGGAAAGGGCCUCACUUGUCUUGUUUUCAUUCAUUGGGUAAUGAUAAUUCAGAAUUUUGCCUUUUUUAAUUUUGUAUUCAUGUUCUGAACCAUUUAACCUGCACUGUUAUUUUGUCUGUAAAUCUCCAUAGUACUACACUUGUUAAGGAAUUACAUGCUAGAUAAUUAUUGUAGUUUUUUUAUUUUAUGCAUGUUGUUUGGUGUGACAAUAACUCAUUGUUUUGUUUGUUUUUUCUUUCUGUAGAUUGUCAUCCCUUUCUGCAGUCUUUUAAUCAAAGAUAUCUAUUUCUUGAAUGAGGGCUGUACCAAUCGUCUUCCAAAUGGUCAUGUCAAUUUUGAGGUGAGUACUGACAAUUUGUAUUGUAAAAUAUAUCCCAAUUAAAUGUGACCUACAUCUCUCCAAUAGUUAUGGCCUACAACUCUCAAUACCCCAAGUCAUCUUUUGUAUCACUGAAUUUAAUGGUGUGGGACACAAACUGCUAAAUACAAUUAUUUAGAUUUUUUUUUUUUUAAUUAGAGUUUCCAAACCUACAGCCACUAAUGAUCCAAUGUAUUCUGCAGCUCUGUACACUAGCUGUACUAGCAAACACGUAGUUGCAACAAGACGAGUUUGAUAUAGAGCAACAGAUGGUGCUGAGGGCUCUGCUCAAACUGGCUUAUAGUCUAAGGGAUUAGUGUUGCAUUGUAGUUAUAAAACAUGCAAUGAAAAACAUUGCUACACAUCUCUAACAGUGGGCUUAAAACAAUAAAGUGAAUUUAUGUGUAUUUAAGUUCUUUACUGAAUAACAUCAUGCAGAGAAGCUGACACUUUAUGGGUGUGUGUACAAACUAUUAGAGUGUACUUAUAAAUUAGCUCCCAUCAAUAACAGUAAGAAUCGACUAUCUGGAGAGAAAAUAAGAGUGCCUAGUGUUCAGAAGUGUAUUCUAUUCCAAAUUUAUAUAAUUUUACAGCAUUUUUGUUGCAAUGUUCUGUAAAAAACCUUUUCAUUCUUUUGAAAUUUGGUCCCACAGAACACUAAUGAAAUUAACACUGAUUUGGAAUCUCUCCAGUUUUUCAAUGUUUGAUCAUUUUUCGCAGUGUGUUAAAACUUUAAGGAUGAGAUAAACGUAAUGUUAACAUUAAGAAAUUCCAAAUACUCAUAUUAUUAUUAUUAUUAUUAUUAUUAAAGUGCCAACAAAUUCUGCAGCACUGACAGUAGGUGGACUAUCAGACAAGUAUUUGCAACAAGACAAGUAUUUACUAAUGUCAUUGUCAUUUCUUGAAAUUAUUAUAUAUUUCUAUUUUGAUGUAUCAAUGCAAUGUUUUGAAGAAAUUCCAAAAUUCCUUUUUUUUAAUUUUAGAAAUUCUGGGAGCUUGCAAGGCAAGUAAGUGAGUUCAUGGCAUGGAGGCAGGUUGAGUGCCCCUUUGAAAAAGACCGAAAAAUUCUCCAUUACGUAUUGACAGUCCCGAUCUUCAGUGAGGAUGGUAAGAUAUUAGUGGCUAUCCCUGUAUAAUUUGUGACAGAUAUUAAUAGUUCAAUGAAUAUAUGUGUUUUUGUUCUUUUUACGUUCACAGUUAUUUUGAUGAGCAUUUUGUAAUCUUCAUAAAUAUCUCCCAAGAUAUGUAACAAUAUCUGUAAAAAUCAGGCACUUUUUUUCCAGGGGUUAAGGGGGGGCAGGGGAGGGAGCUGUCUGUUGUCUGUGUAUAUUGAAUAGAUGUACCAUCUGGCUUCUGAUUGAUCUAGAGCAGGGUAUUGUGGGUGCUCAUGUAGGUAAAUGUGACAGUAUGCUCUGAUAUCUUAGUGGUGUUACUUGUAUUGGCCUCAAAACAAAAGUCUGCAAUGCAAACUAAGAACAUGUGUAUCUCUAGCAUUGAAAUUGUCAUUUUGUGUAGGGUUCUAUUGUACAAUUGGUUUCUCAAUGCAAAAAGCGGUACAUGACCUACUUCCAUAUGCUGUAAUGUAGGCUGCCUACACAUUUCUAUUGACAAGGUGAUUUAGUGGGUAAUGUUAAAACAAAUGACACACUACUUUCUCACGCAAUGCUGCAUAUUAACAUAUCCAGAGGGAAAAUAAAAGACCACAGAAAAAUGGUUUGUGUAAAAAGAUGUGAUGCCAAAUUGUUUCUUCUUCUUUCUCCUUGCAGCACUUUACUUGGCUUCCUAUGAAAGCGAGGGUCCUGAGAACCACAUAGAAAAGGACAGAUGGAAGACUCUGAGGUAUGUGAAUUGGAUCAUCUCAUUGGGCAAUCAAACUUAUUUGCUAAACUGUGAUUUGUAGUAAGUUGACAACCUACUUGUAAAAUUCAGGUCAGUUGACCACAUGGGAAAAUAAUCUGUAUUUCUGCCGAGUUUGGAAUUUUCUUCAAACUAGGCUAUUUGUAGUUUAGAUUUCUCAAGCAGGUUGUCAACUUACUGUACAAUGAAGAACUCCUCCAGGGAUUUGUAAGAUCUGUUUGCUCACUGAAUUACGCUUUCUUCCCCUGCUGACACAGGUGGCAGAAUGCAGUUUUUCAUUUCGUUGCUGAUUAAAUGACCAGCAUUUUCUAACUUUUUUUUAUUUCUGCUGUUUUGCACUCUGUGACUUUGGGAACCACAAAUUAGAACGUUCACCUUUUAAGCUGAAUUUUAGUUUAAAUGUAAUAUAUACUUUAUAUUGCAACACACAUACCACUGUGUGAGGUGGUGUACUGAAAGUGGAACAGUCCCUGUGGGAAUCAAUGUCAUGUUUGCUGAUUUCUCAAUUUUCCCCAUAAUUGCUCUAUCUACAUUAAAUUUAUGUGAAGCCAAGCUUUUUAUAAACAUAGACUGACUCUUAAAUGGCUUUCAGAUCACAGUCUAUAAAAAGCCCAAAUGCACCAGUUUUAUAGUGAGAGCCUAAGGAGAUGGUCCAGGCACUGUUGAUCUGCAUUUUGAAUCCAGUUAAAAGAGAACUCCAAAAUUACAUUUAAAAAAUAAAAUAAAAAAAUCACUUCAGACUUUGUACUGUCUGCAGUGUGCACCACAUAACAGGAAUAGCUAUAAUGUUUUAGCCAAUCCUGACACUACCAUGUAUGCACUGAUCUUCAGAGAAUUCGGCAUAUGUCAUAAACCAUGCCUUGCAAGUAUUCAUAGGGUCUGUAGUUUAUUGCUAGUCACAGUUUCAUUGAUGCAACAAUAUAGAUGAAUCUGGUGAUCUAAUUGAUAAGAGCCAAAACAGGCUUUUUUUUCAGAUAGCUAAUGACUCCAUUUAUACUUUUUCAUGAAUGGAGCUAUUGAUGCAAAUUUUUUUAGAGGCAGCAGGGAAUGGUAGUCUGCACCAUCCUGAAGUAGACCUUCAUUCCAUAACCUACUCAAUACACAUUGUUUGCUAUGGUGCUUUGAGUGUCCCUUAAAUUCUGUAGUUUUACAGUUCAUGGAGAUAGCCUGUAGAUAGCUAUCAGAUUUCAUAAUAUACACACACUUAUAGGUUUGUGCUGGAAGCCACUUUAAGAUAUAGUAAGAAAUGUGAAGUUUGUUAAUUCCUUCUCUAUAUAUCUCAGAGAUUACAUGUCCAAAUUUAAUUAUUUUAUAUUGUUUGAGGAUUUUAUAGAAUACACAGAGAGAAAGAAUUGUCAGAAUUUCCCCUCCAUGCAGACAUUGCUUGAUGGCCCCGCUGCUGUUCUCUGUCCAAAGAACACAGGUUCAACUGACCAGGCAUUAUUAUAAUUCAGACUGUAUAACUCUAUGAUUCCUGAUUUUGAAGCAAAACACAUAAUGUCUCCCAAGCUUGAUUAUAACCGAAUUUCAUGCAACAUUUUUCUCUCCCCUCACAGGUCAGCUCUUUUGGGCAAAGUCUAACACGUGAAGUGCCUGUCAUGACAUGGCCAUAAUUUAUGGACACUUUUUGCACCAAGUAGGAUUUGAGUGAUGGAAGCAAAGCAAGCAGCUGAGAGUCUCUCGAUCACAGCAUUGGUGAAUCAAGACGGAUUGAAAACAGAGAGAUGAUUAGUUCAUUUCCAGGAACUGAACCAUGAAGUCUUCUUAGGAGAACAAUGAUGGAAUGUUUCACAGUCACCCUUAUGCUGAGUUUCUUUUUCUCAAUAACGUGAAGUUAGUUUUAUUACUGGAUUUUGCAUCCUGUGUAUCCGUCUGCACCUUAGCUGAUGCUCCUGCCCUGUAGUAAGACAAAAAGAAAUGCCACGUACAGAACAGUAGACACAAUCAUUUUUUCGGAUGAAUGUGAAUAUAAAAGUUGGGUUAGCCACUCGCUGGCGGUGGCUCGUAACCCAUAAAUACGGAUUGGAUUGUUUCAGUUCUUAAAGCUCAUGUUUGCUGCUGGAUAGUAAACAAAAUGAACGCUAUGACUUGCUGAAAAGGUAAUAAUAUUAUUUAUGGCCAAUACACAAGAGGCGUCUUCCCAGUGGUACAGAAUCACAGCUAGCCUCGUGAACCCUCGCUGCAACAGAACCCAGCAACUGUGUCAUUGGACUGUUCUCUAACAGACAAAUCUGUUCUAAGCUGUUUACAAGAAAUGUUUAUUUGUUGUUUCCUCUCCCUAUCCCUAACAUUUUGCUGUUUCUUGUGAUAUAUAUUAUAUUUUUUUCUUAUUUAUUAAUACAUAAUCUGUCCAGAUUAGCAUGGUACAGAACAAACUGUGCAUUGAGGGCAUUAAUAAUAGAUGUUCUAUAUUUGUGUAACACUUUAUUGAAUUUUUUUUUGGUUGUUUGUUCUUGCAAAUACUGUGGCCAUAAACAUCAGUUCCGAGAGUCUUUUUUUUUAUUUGGCUGCAUAGCUGUCAGAAUUUGACAUAUUAUCAACAGGAAAUGCAUAUGCAUAGAUUCUAAUGUAAUUGGUUGCAGUGAAUCAAAACAGAUCUGGCACUUAAAGUGAGCCUGACAUCUAAACAAUUUUGGAGACAGGUUUAUAGAGCAUUUAAAAAAACUGUACUGUGGUACCAGCAGAAUUACUAGCAAAUGUAUAGAGUGGAUAAAACAAGUUUAAACUGGCUCCUCAAAAGCAAAUAUGUGUAUUUAAUAUAAACCCUCUCUGGACUGGAUAGAAAUGAAUUUGCAUGUUAGGCCUCUCCCAUAUUUUCAGUUAGAUGACACAACUGCCACCCAUCUCAUGUCUGACUUCUUCUAAAUUUUCUACAAAUUCUGCUAUUACAGUGAAGAUGUAUGUAUGUACGGAUAUAUGUAGAGGGACAGGUGGGGAGAGAGAGAGAGAGAGAGAGAGAGAGAGAGAGAGAGAGAGAGAGAGAGAGAAAAAUGUGUAUAUAUAAAAUGAUGGCAAAGGAAACACUCUACUUAGUAUAUGUAUUAAUAAUUUUUAUUAAAGGUUUUCUAACCUGUGGUCAACAUUGUUUAUACCAUAGUUUGAGUUAGUGCUCAGAGUACAGGAUUCCAAAAGGUAUAUUAUAAAUACAAUUAAACAUAGUAGUCAGUUUUGGGAGUGUGGCAAAUUUGAGGCCUAUUAAGAAAUUGCAGGAUAUGUACCUGAGUGUUAAAGGGACACUGUAGGCACCCAGACCACUUUAGCUCAUUGAAGUGCUAUGGUGCUGUGACCCUUUUGAACUUAGUGCUGCAAUGUAAAACAUUGCAGUUCCAGAGAACUGCAAUGUUUACAUUGCAGCACCAAGUCUACCCUCAAUGGCUGUCUACCAGACAGCCACAGGGGGCGCUUCGGGAACCGUAACAGACUUUUGGUCCGUUAUCUGACGCUGGAGGGCCUCAUGCUUUGGAGGUCCUCAUGCCUCCAGCAUCAGAUCCAACAUUGAUUCAAUGCUUUCCUUUGGGAAGGAAUAAUGUGCACGCUGCAUUUGCCGAGCAUGUGCAUUACAGUUUUGUAUUCCUGGCACUACAGUAUCCCUUUAAGCAACUACAUGUAGAAAAAAAUGAUCACUUCCUGCCAUAUUAACCCUUAAAGGCAUAAUGACUAUCAAUGACACACUUACAUUCUGGUACUUAACGAUAUUAUACCAGCACACAGUGUGCUACUUAUUUAAUAUAGGGAUAAAUAUAAUACUGCUCUGAAAGACUAUUUAAUAUUUUAGCAGAUACUCGAAGGACUAGAUUGUUAUAAUGAUGUAGGCCAACAUUGAUCUGUAAUUAAUUGCUGUUGUUUUUCUUUUGUUUUUUUUGUUACACCAAGUGUCUAGAACCAGACCUUUACUUUUUUUACAUCAGCAUACAGCAAUCCUCAUAAUUCUAGAUAGAUGGUGUUUCUACUUUUGUCUUAUGCAUUGUAGGUCAAGCUGCAAUGCUUCAGCUAGGACUAUAAAUCUUAAUAUUCUCUGUCUAAAAGUGAUUCAGUUGCUAUUUCACAUUACAGCUCAGCCAGACCUGUUCCUGUACAUCUGCUGCUUCUAAAAUGCAGCAACAAAUGAAUUUAUAUCUCAACAAUUAAGUGUAUUAAUAAUAAUUUUCUAUGCCACUUUAGAUGGUUAUUUAUUUAGCGAAAGUCAAACGCUAUGCACCAUAAAAGAAGUAUGAUUAAGUGUGACAGAUUUCACAUUCAUAACGUUCACAAUAUGACUUUUUAAAAGGACAUUGAAAGUACCAUAGCCACUACAGCUUAUUAUAGUGGCUAUGUAUCUUUGAGUCUUUAGUGCUACCUUCAUGUUUUCUGGCUCUCCCAUGCACCAAAUUGUAAAUCUACAUUUCUUUCAAAUGGGUGCCUCCUUCUUAGCUAGGUGUCAUUGAUUGUCACAAGUUCUGCUCUUGGUACCUGACACUAUACAGAGAAAAUGAGGAAUGUAAGAUUACAUUUUUUAUCUUCAUUUGCCAUGUUUGCCCUGUCUUUAACUUUUCUGAACUGGAUUAUGAUUUAAUUUGCUAAAUAUUUACUAUAAUUUUAAAAGAAAAUGCAGAAUCUCAUAACCCCCUCCUCCCCCUCCCCCUCCCCCCCAAAAAAAACCAAACUGUUUAACAUAAGUCAAAGGUGAUUUACUCCCCUGAUUUAUUCAAAGGUAUAAAUCCCAGAGGCGUUACAAUGACCUGUUAGGGUUAAACUCCCUCUUGUGACAGAUUUGGUCUGCAUAAAGUCAACAUCUCCAAAAAUUUAAAAAUGAUAUUGUUUUCAUGAAGCUGAGAAAGCAUGGAAUAUUAUAAAAAACUAAAAUACUGGGUAAAAAAAGGAUUUUAAUCACAUAUUUUAUACUAGCACAAUGGGAAGCUUCUGCAGAAAUAUUUGUAUUUGAUAAGCCUACUUGUAAUGCAAAAGUUAACUUCUAGUUGCUUUAUUAAAGCAGAUCUGUCACUUUCAGGGGUAAUUGCAUAUUUCGCAAAGACCCCUUAAUCUAACCGAUCAGAUGUGAGUGGGGUGGCCGUUGGGUUCACGGUAGGUAGGUUUUACUUAGCUCAGGCUGCUCUUCACAGCCUACACAAUCUUCCUCCUGCUGACCUUUUCUACUCCUGGCGUUUUAGUUGCCAGGAGCCAUGUCGGUGCUGUACAAUUGCAUAUGCACAAGAGUACAACACUGAGGUCUAUGGGGGAUCCUGCAAGAUCGUGGAAGCCUUUAUAGGCAUAACCAUUAUUUGUGAUGGCUGCUGAGACAGGACACACUUUUGUGUGGUUUAGAGAAGAGAACGGUGUAGACAUUCACCAACAUGUUGAACUGUAACAACUUGUAGUCCAGCACCCUAACACCUCUUAUUUUGAAGAAAUUCCAUGUUCAGAGUUGCUUGAGUAACUUCUUAAUGGUCUAAUUGAUUUACACUUGCCUUGAAAACCCCUAAUAUUGGCAUACACAAGACAUCUUUGUCUACAUUUAAAAUAACCCAUAAUAUUCAGUACUUGAUAUAAACUCUUAAAAUCUAGGUUUUAAAAAGCUUCAAACUGAUAAAGAGUGUAAAUAUAAAGUCACAGGUAUGUAGACGAAAACACUGGUUAAAUUGUCCGAAUUAUUUGUUUCUCUUCUGUAUAUGCCAUAUACAGUCUAUCCAUUUUUCAUUUUUACUAUCUAGGAUUUUGUUCUGGUUUUAUACUUCCAUUGAAAGUUGAACCAAAGUUAAAAACAAAAUAUAUAUCCAACCAAGAAAAUUCAUACAAUUAAUUGAAGAACUGGUCCUCUACUGAUGUGUAGUAGAGCGUUGGGAAUAUGCAGCAUAAAUUAUAUAGGAGGAAAAAAAUAUGUGCAGACAUGCAGCUUCAUGGGUAAUCUCACAAUCACUGUCCUGUGCCCACAAGCCCAUUGUUUACAUUACUUACGACUUGCUACAUUUUUGUAAACGGAAUGUUCUAUAUACCCAAGUAAAAAGUCAUAUAAAGUAAACAGCCACAGUCUUCUGUUCUUGACAAAAGAUAUAGCAUAUAUAUAUAUAUAUAUAUAUAUAUAUAUAUAUAUAUAUAAUGGAUGGUUCUGUGAUGGUGUUUCUUCCAAUGUACUCUAUUAACUCAGUUUGCUAUAAAUGAGUAUUAAUUGCAUAAUGUAAAUGAUUUACUUCAUAAAGCCAUUUUAUACUGCUUAAUCAUAGAGGUUUUUUUCUCACUAAAUUGUGAAUUCUACAGAAUUGACCACAACAUUACAUAUUUUAGUACAGAAUGGUUGAGUAGGAAAUGCUAUCACUUCAGCUUUUAUGACUUAAAAUGUGAAAUUAUUUUGUCAUUUCUCAAUUUUUCUACUUUAAAGGGAUACUCUAGUCACCAGAACUACUACAGCCUAAUGUGAUACUUCUGGGACAAAGAGAUUGCCCCUGCAGGCUGAGCAUAGUAAACACUGCCAACAUAGAUUGUCUGAUGUUCAGCGUUUACAUACUCUGCUCGGAGACACUGAAAGCUCCCCAUAGAGCUAGCUGCAUUGACUCAAUUCAUCUUUGUGAGAAGAUGCUGAUUGGUUGCAGCAUGGUGAUUUCUGCGCAGGUGCAAUAGCCCCCAAAUUAGAUUGGAUGAGAUCAUCAAUUUUGAUGAUUGCAGCCAGCAGAGGUGGGCAGCAUGGUGAGACUGGCGCUCCAGAAGUAAAAAGUAAGUAAAUACUUUUUUAGAAUUUUUUAGUCGGGGGGACAAUAGUCCAAAUAGUUGGUAUAACAUUAUAGCUUUAGGAAUUCAAGCUUGUUUUCUUAGCGCUAGAUAGUUUUUUUUUUGUUGUUUUUUUUAAUGAAUAAACCAAUCUAAACCACUUACAAGGGUAUACAAAAAUCCAAGGAAUUACAACAGAAUUUUCUCAAAAUGUCUGCGUGAGAGAUAUUGUCCUUUUUGUGACUAAGUAUUUUUGCUUAACAUUUGAAAUUCUGAGGUCAACAAUAAUUGUAAAGCCAAUCAUUGGCUGUUUAAUCAGUGCUGUAUACAUUUGUUCUUACAAAAAAUUAAUUUGAGCGCAUUAGCUGUUAAACUAACCAGCAUAUAAAAUCUAAGUAGUAAAAGCUCUGAGAUAUUCACAUGCCAUAUCACUGGAUUAAAGUAAGAUUUAUAAAACACAAAUAGUAGAACUUCUGCAAAUAUUCCUGUCUUACGUGAUCAAAUCAUAUUUUUGUACUUCAUUUAUAUUUCAGUGUGGUAUUUUUUAUUUGUUUUUGCUGUGUAUUAUGUAUCAUUACAUAAUAUUCCAAUUUUCCACAGUAUGAUGUUCUAGAACUAAAAGCCUGGUGAUUGUAAGGUAGAGGGCACAAUAAAUGGAGCACCGUGAAUUCUCUUUGCACUUUCCAAAUACAAUGAAAAGGUACUAUAGUGAAGGUGCAUAUUAUCAGUUAUACAGAUGCAAAUGUCCAACUUUACGAGUGUGUGCAUGUUUAUUAAAUCUAAAAAGAUAUACACACACUUAAUAACUCAUUUCAUAUUGUUAUGUAUUUUGAAAUGCUUAGAAAAUGCAUUUAUAAUUUAUGUAGUUGAAAUUAAACUGAAUAAAAUG